UUCCCAAGAACCAUGAGACUUCUGCUGUUGGUUCUUCCUGUCCUUGCUCUUCUACCCCAAGUGAUCCCAGCCUAUGGUGGUGAGAAAAAAUGCUUGAACGGAUGGGGGAGCUGCAGGAAAAAAUGCGAAGAUGGAGAAAUGUUUCAGGACACGUGUAAACAUCACAGAGUCUGCUGCGUUCCAGACACUAGGGAGCGCAAGCGAAAGGUCUCCGUCACUGUCGGUUGGACCACCGGGACCACUGAGGCAACCUCUGCAGCCUAUGCAAUGGACUUCGAUUUUAACUAG